UUGAUCAUUUCUGUGAUCGUAGCCAUUGUAAAAUAAUCUUUACAUUGGAGUGAAUUUUCCAAAAACCGUAAAUUUUGUGUUGGAAACCCGAAAAAAUGGGUUCCAGACAUCGCGAUAGAAGCAGAGAUCGUGAAAGGGAUAGCAGGAGAGACAGAAGACGAAGCCGCGAUCGUGAUCGGGAUCGACACCGCGACAGGGAUCGUGAUAGAGAAAGGGACAGGGACAGGAGGGAUCGGGAUCGGGAUAGGGAUAGGGAUAGAGAUCGUUCUAGGAGUCGCAGCCGGGAUCGAAGGCGAAGUAGGGAUAAAUCUCCGGAACCGGAUGGUAAAAAGCUGAUUGCAGACACCUUAGCAACUUUGGCUGCAACAAGAAACUUCACAGCUUUAGUCAACCAAAGGGAUGACAAUUCAAACACCUCCACAGGGAGUCAAGAUGACGAUAAAAAGAGAAAGAAGAGAUCCCGUUGGGGUGGUAGUGAACACGAGAAGAUAUUCAUUCCUGGAAUGCCCACCAUAUUGCCCCCCAACUUGGACAAGCAACAGGAGCAAGCAUAUCUACUUCAACUCCAGAUCGAAGAAGUGAGCAGGAAGCUUCGUUCAGGAGACCUGGGUAUCCCGGCCAAUCCCGAAGAAAGAUCUCCAUCUCCCGAACCCAUAUACAGCAGUGAUGGUAAAAGGUUAAACACAAGGGAAUUUAGAACGAGGAGACGUCUGGAGGAGGAAAGACACGCUUUAGUAUUGAAAAUGCAGAGCAUGAAUCCCGAUUUCAAGCCGCCGUUGGAUUAUAAGCCACCGGUGAUAAGAGUUAGCGAUAAAGUAAUGAUACCCCAAGAAGAACAUCCAGAAAUCAACUUCGUUGGGCUUCUAAUCGGACCAAGAGGAAAUACCCUCAAAACUAUGGAGAAAGAAACGGGUGCUAAAAUUAUAAUCAGAGGUAAAGGCAGCGUCAAGGAGGGUAAGGUUGGUAGGAAGGACGGACAACCCCUGCCCGGAGAAGACGAACCUUUACAUGCAUACAUAACCGCAACAAAUCCUGAAUGUGUGAAGAAAGCAGUCGAAAGGAUCAAAGAAGUUAUACGUCAAGGUGUCGAAGUGCCGGAGAAUCAGAACGAUCUGAGGAGGAUGCAGUUGAGGGAACUGGCUCAACUCAACGGCACACUUCGUGAGAACGAUGGAAUGAGGUGCAACAAUUGCGGAGCGAUAGAUCACAAAUCGUGGCUGUGUCCCGACAAACCGAACGUGACCAACAACAUUGUCUGUUCGAGUUGUGGCGCUGCAGGUCACAUAGCUCGUGACUGCAGACAGAAGAGACCAGGUCAAGGGGGACCACCGGUUGCCGGAGAUAAGGCCAAGAUAGACGAGGAGUAUAUGUCUUUGAUGGCGGAAUUGGGCGAAGCUCCACCUCCGGACCUUGCGAAAACACAGAAUCAGACCCAGGCUAAGAGCAACGGAUUCAGCAUAUUCCAGCCACAAACCGGUGCCCCCAGGCCCCUCAUGGCUCCACCGCCGAUCACCACCCAGAACUUACCCGUUAUGGGUGGCAUACCUCCGCCAUGGGUGUCCGCCCCAACCACCAUGGCAUGGCCGCCCGCCCCUCCGGGGAUCCUGCCGCCUCCGCCACCUCCUGGAGCAACCAGUCCGGGUAGUAUGAUGCCGUGGAUGGCCACUCCAACGGUCGUUACGCAGCCUCCUCCACCAGGAUCGACAACGACGACAACCAGCGCCGUUCAACCGCCGGCUGCUAUGCCGUGGGGGCAGAUGCCCCCGUUUGGUUGGCCCCCCAGCACCUGUCCCCCUCCACCGCCACCCGGAAUUGAUGUCAAUUCGCUUUUGACCACACCUCCACCACCCCCGCCGUCUUAAUUGACGUUUUGUUGGACAUAAACACUAUAACUGUAAAAUCUGUAUAUUUUGAGUUUUCAGAACAAUUUGGAAGGUGUAUAGAGUAAUUUUCCUUCCUAAAACAACAUUUUUUUUAGUUUGAUCAAACUAAGUGUAUAGAUUUUUUUCUACGGUGUUCGAUGCGCAUUUCAUGUUUAUCUCAAAAGUGUAAUUGAUUUUUCUUUCAAUUGGAGCAAUAAACGUUUCAUGAAAAUGA